CUUACAAGGUUGGCCCUGGGCCGACAUCUGGGAACUCGAUUUUCAGGAGGUUUCCUACCAUUCUCAGGACUGAUAAGGGAUGCUCCAGGAUGAAACGCCAUAAACUUCUCAGCAGCAGUGACAGUUCAGAUGAGAGUCCUUCUACUUCCUUUACCUCUGGCUCAAUGUAUAGAAAAAAGCCAAAAAUUCCAAAAGAAUACAAGAAACCUGCUGAGGUGUUCCGGAAGGACCUCAUCAGUGCCAUGAAACUUCCAGAUUCUCACCACAUUAAUCCUGACAGUUAUUACCUCUUUGCGGAUACAUGGAAGGAAGAAUGGGAAAAGGGAGUCCAGGUACCAGUCAGUCCAGACACUGUUCCAGAGCCUUCUCUCAGGAUUAUAGCUGAAAAGGAAAAAGAUGUUUUGUUUAUUCAACCUCGGAAAUAUAUCCGCUGUUCUACACCAGAGGCCACAGAACCUGGCUCUAUCAACAUCUCGCAUCUGGCAGCAUCUGUAUGCCGCUAUGACCUGGAUGACAUGGACAUCUUCUGGCUCCAGGAACUCAAUGAAGACCUUACACAAAUGGGUUGUGAGCCAGUUGAUGAGACUCUUAUGGAAAAGACAGUAGAAGUCCUGGAACGUCAUUGCCAUGAAAAUAUGAACCAUGCUAUUAAGACAGAGGAAGGGCUAGGCAUAGAGUAUGAUGAAGAUGUGAUCUGUGAUGUGUGCCGGUCUCCAGACAGUGAAGAAGGGAAUGAUAUGGUAUUCUGUGAUAAGUGUAACAUCUGUGUGCAUCAGGCCUGCUAUGGCAUCCUUAAGGUUCCAGAAGGCAGCUGGCUAUGUCGUGCCUGUGUCAUGGGCAUUCAUCCUCAGUGUCUGUUAUGUCCAAAGACUGGUGGAGCCAUGAAGACCACCAGGACAGGGGAUAAAUGGGCUCAUGUCAGCUGUGCCCUGUGGAUUCCAGAGGUCAACAUUGCUUGUCCUGAGAGGAUGGAACCAAUUACAAAGAUCUCUCACAUCCCACCCAGUCGGUGGGCCUUAGUCUGCAACCUGUGCAAGAUGAAAACAGGAGCUUGCAUUCAGUGCUCAGUGAAAAGCUGUAUAACUGCCUUCCAUGUCACCUGUGCCUUUGAGCACAAUCUCGAGAUGAAGACCAUUCUAGAUGAUGAGGAUGAAGUGAAGUUCAAAUCAUACUGUCUUAAACAUAGCCAAAACAGACAGAAGAUUGGGGAAGCUGAGUACCCCCACCACUGGGCUGCAGAGCAAAGCCAAGCUAAAAGUGAGAAAACUAGCCUGCGGGCCCAGAAGCUUCGGGAGCUAGAAGAGGACUUCUACACCCUGGUCCGAGUAGAAGAUGUGGCCAAAGAACUGGAGCUGCCCAUGCUAGUUGUGGAUUUUAUCUAUAACUACUGGAAACUAAAGCGUAAAAGUAACUUCAAUAAGCCAUUAUUCCCUCCAAAGGAGGACGAAGGAAAUGGCCUGGUACAGCCAAAAGAGGAAAGUGUUCACACUCGUAUGAGAAUGUUUAUGCACCUUCGGCAAGACUUGGAAAGGGUCCGAAAUCUGUGCUACAUGAUAAGCAGACGAGAGAAGAUGAAAUUGUCACAGAGCAGGCUACAGGAACAGAUCUUCGGUUUGCAGGUUCAGCUUGUUAACCAAGAAAUGGCUGCAGGACUUCCUUUGACCAAUACACUAGAAAACUCAUUGUUUUACCCACCACCGAGAAUUACCUUAAAGUUAAAAAUGCCCAGAUCAGCUGCAGAAGACUGCAGAAACAGCUCUACAGAAACUGACCAACAAUCCCACUCUACUGACAGUGGCUCCCCUGUUCACAGUGUAAAGAGCAUGCAGGUACCUCAGGAGUCACUAGAAAUGAGAAUGAAACCAUAUCCAAGGUACUCACUAGAAAGCAAGAAUAAUGGUUUGCUGGCCAGCCUCAACCAUUCUAGGAGUGAAGAAAAGGAUUCCAGUCCUGCUUGGAAAGCUCCAUCUUCAGAGUUCUAUCAUGGGCAGUCAUUGGGCAAACCUCUGGCCUUUCAGGCUGCCAUCCAUGGACAGUCUACUGUUGGGAAUGGGAAAAGUCAACCAAACUCCAAGUUUACCAGAUCCAAUGGUCUGGAGGGCAGCUGGUCUGGGAAUGUCACCCAAAAAGAUAGCUCGAGUGAGAUGUUCUAUAACCAGGAGUCUAUGCUUGGCUCCCACUUGGUCAGUCAGGGAAACUUGAGAAAAUCUACCAUGGAACACUUCAGCAGAUCAUUCAAGGAGGCCACCAACAGGUGGAUGAGAACCACAGCAGACCUCCAGUGCUAUGUGAAGCCAACCAAGAAUAUGAGCCCCAAGGAGCAGUGCUGGGGUAGGCAGCUUCUCAGGCGGUCUGCAGGGAAAGCUCCAUAUCAGGAAAACGAUGGAUAUUGCCCAGAUUUGGAGCCGAGUGAUUCAGAAGCAGAAGGUGAUGAGAGUAAAGGAAAAGUCAGGGUAAGGAGAGAUAACUCGGACAGGGAAAAUCCUUCCCAUGACUCCAGACGAGAUUGUCACGUUAAAAACAAGACACAUCUUUCUCAGAGUUCAAUGCAAAGGUGAUUAGAAACUCCCAAGAAUAAUACAGCCUUUGCCUUUAUCCCAUAUACUGGAAAAAAAAAUAUACCAAAAGGAUUUUAAUAUAUAUAUAUGGAUAAAUUGCUGUGAAAAAGAUGAGAUUUUGUUCAGUAAAUUGGCUUACAAAUUUUCAAAUGGUUUCAGUCUACUUUUUCUAAGCACAUUAUGGGAAUUGCAGAUUGACUAGAGGUAUGUUUGUCAGAAGCUAUUGAGAACAGCUGGGCCCAGAGUAUUUGCUCAGUAAAUGCUUUGAGAUAGCUUUCCAGUUACAUUAAUAUAUCGACGCGUCUGUGAUUUAAGAUGCUUGCAUUUUCAGUGAAUUUGCAAGAGACCAGGAUUAUCAGACACUAGAUAUGGGGAUUAUCAGACACUAAAACUACUUAUCUUUUGAAGCUACAGCAUGUGAC